GUGGCCGAUGCCCCAAGCCUGUCAGUGUUUAAGAGGUGUUUGGACAAUGCCCUUAAUAACAUGCUUUAACUUCUGGUCAGACCUCAGUUGCUCAAGCAGUUGGACUAGAUGAUCGUUGCAGGUCCCUUCCAACUGAACUAUACCAUUCCAUUCCUUUCUCAACCUGCCAGUUGUUGAGGUCUUUGUGCAUGAACACCAGUAACGUUUUCCAGUUUGAUCCUGCUUAUGCUGUUUUAGGUGAGAAUUGUCACUGGAAGCUUGAAACUUAUUGUUUAUAUUCUUGUGCCUGUGAGUUUUGUUUAGCGUUAUGAAACCACCUGCAGACAUGCAGGUAGCAAAAAGAAGAUGCUAAGUUGUACAGCUGUAAUUUACACUUUCAAAGAGCUUUAGCAUUCAAAAUAAAAAAAAAAUUGCAUAGGUGGACUGUACAAUACUUUGAGUUGAACUUUCCGAAGGCCUUAUUUUCAGCAAAAUCACAAUAAAAGUGGUUGGAAUUAUAUUUUUGGUAACGCUGAACAGUUGUAGGUACCCACAUACUACAUUUUUCACCUGUUCUCAUUAUUUUGCGGGGGUUUCUUCUCACGCAUAUUAUAUUAACAACAAAUUUCAAAAAAUGAAUUGAGGUCGUGACAAAGUUUAGAAGAUCAUCCUGUGAAAGAGAGUGCCUGGAGAGAAGCAUUGGACCUAGGCUUAUAAAGCAUGGAAGAAUACAAAGUGUUGAAAGUACUAGGAGAGGGAUCCUUUGGCAGAGCUCUCCUAGUUCAUCAUAGAAUCAGUGACCAGGAGUAUGCAAUGAAGGAAAUAAGACUUCCUAUGUCUUCAUCUGAUGUAGAGAACUCUAGGAAGGAAGCAGUUCUUUUGGCUAAAAUGAAACACCCAAAUAUCGUUGCCUAUAAAGAAUCGUUUGAAGCUGAUGGACAUCUGUAUAUAGUGAUGGAAUAUUGUGAUGAUGGAGAUCUAAUGCAAAAGAUUAAACACCAAAGAGGAAAGUUGUUCCCUGAAGAUACGAUCCUUCACUGGUUUGUGCAGAUGUGCCUGGGCGUGAAACACAUUCAUGAUAAACGUGUGUUGCACAGGGAUAUCAAAUCCAAGAAUGUCUUCCUCACUCAAAAUGGAAAAGUCAAAUUGGGAGAUUUUGGAUCUGCGCGCCUUCUUGCACAUCCAAUGUCAUAUGCUUGCACAUAUGUGGGAACUCCUUAUUACGUACCUCCAGAAAUAUGGGAAAGCAUGCCGUACAACAGCAAAAGUGAUAUAUGGUCUCUGGGAUGUAUUCUAUAUGAGCUGUGCACUCUGAGACAUCCAUUUCAAGCCAAUAGCUGGAAACAUCUCAUCCUUAAGAUAUGCAAAGGGUCCUACAAUCCACUACCAUCUCACUAUUCUUAUGAACUUCAUUACUUAAUAAAACAGAUGUUUAAGAGAGAUCCCAAGAAUCGUCCAUCAGCCAGUACUAUUCUUGCAAGAGGUUGCUUAACCAAACUUAUAAAAAAUUGUUUGCCUUCUGAGAUAACAAAUGAGUUUGAGCAGGUAUUAAAGGAAACCAAGAAACAUGAAGGCAGUGCAGCAAGACCAAAGGGUAAUGUCAUGGCUGGUGGAAGCUCAAAUAAUAAGAAGGAAAAUCGGCAAAAUAAAGAUGAAAGCAAGUGUAGCCCCUUAGAAAGGAAAAAUAUUACUAAGGAUUUGAGUGAAAGCACAAAGGAACAAAGGAAAUCUGAUGAAGAGGUUACAGUAGAAACUUCUGACGUCCUCCCAGGAAUUACUGAUUUGUCACAUCCCUGUAGGAAGCAAUGGGAAAAGAGGAUAUCCAGUACUGUAGUGGAUGUCCUGGAAAAUGCAUCCUUGCUUUCUUCCAGUUUUACAUCUGAAGAGGCUAAAAGUGGCUGUGUUAUAAACUACAGUGAAAAUAAGCCACGUAAGCAGUGGAACAAGGAAACUCCUCAGACCCUGAUGAACAUUCUCAAUAAUGCAGAUGUCAGCUUAGCAUUUAAAACAUACACAAUUUAUAAACCAGCUUCUGAAAAUACAUUAAGAGGUCCGCUUUCUGAUGGAACUGAAGCAUCUGAUGAAGUAGAUGGUGAACAUGAAACUGUUGUCAUAGAUUCGGAGAGACUUGAGCCUAGAUCUGAUGAAGAUGACACGGACUUUGAGGAAGAUGACCCAGACUGGGUGUCAGAACUGAAAAUGGUAUUGAAACACAGUGACUGAAAACUUGAAUUUACCUACAAUAACUGAAGUUAGGCUUGCCAGUAUUUAUAAUCCAAAUCAUUGUUAAUAGUUGUAGUUAUUAAUAAAAUUAUUUCGGUCAAAAAA